UCCAACAAACGUGUCCCCACAAGUGCCAAUAUUUACGAUGAGCCCACAUGCAAACGCAAACAAAAGGGACGUGAUCGCCUACAACGACAAUGAUCGGACGUUGUUUUACCCUCCGCCCUUGAAGAUCAACAAGGACUCCCACUCCAUCAAAAAGUCCUCGCCCUCCUCGUUGUCGGGCUCGCCGUCAUCGUCAGCGUUAUCAUCCACGUCUUCCCUUGUGAUCGCUAUGGCUGGGGUGAAACCGCCCCAACAACAGCGCCACCCGGUGAUUAUCUACACGCAUUCGCCCAAGAUCAUCCACACGCACCCGAGGGAUUUCAUGGCGUUGGUGCAGAAGCUCACGGGGCGCUCGCGCUUUGAGGACGAUGCGCGAGAGCCUCGUCGGCAGCGGCCGCCUCCUUCGAAGAAACGAGAGGUUAAUAAUGUGGAGGGUUUGUUGGAGGAGGAGAUCAUGAAUAAUAAUAGGGUCGCCGGAAAGGUUAUGAUGAGGAACGAGGACAACGAUUCCUCGUCGGUUAUUACGACGGAGGAGAAUUGUAGCAGCACAAACAUUAAUAGUAACGAUAUUAACAACAACAAUAACAAUAAUAAUGUAGGAGUAGGGAGUGUCGUAGGUGUAGGAGGAGGAGGGGAUGGUCAGGUGAGUUCCUGCUUCAUGCCGCCCAAUCCUUACAUCGGAAACAUUCCGGUUUUGACGCCGAAAGCUGCCGAUUUCUUGUGCUCCAAUUCCAUCGACCACCUCUUCACAACAAUAUGAUGAUCAUGAUUCAUGGUCAUGCGGCGGAGGAAAAGGAGGAGGAAUACUACUUUGUGAUGGAAUGUCCCUGCCGACGUGACUAAAUUGAAGGGAAGGAUUCACCCUUGUUUGUUAGAAUUAAUAUUUGAUUAUUUCUUGGUUUUUGCUUUUGAUCGAUUUUUUGUUGGGUUUAAUGGGGAUGCCUGCAAGCUGCCAAUAAAAGUUCGAAUUUUCUGGGGUAGAACAUUUUUUUAUUCAAAUUCUUUUUG